UUUUCGCGUGGGCUGAGAUGAUAGUUGUCUGGGGGCGAAGGGUAUAAGAGCCAGUGGCCGGCUGUUUCGGCACUUCAGUCGACAUCCCGGUGCACAUUCAGGAACUAUAAAACUUCAUUUCCAUAUCACAAAUGGCUCUUGAACGUCAAGUCCGCGCCAAGACCUUGGCCAAGCGUGACCCGCAGCAGGAGAAAGAGGCUCAGGAAUGGAUCGAGUCAAUCCUCGGAAUGAAAUUCCCAGCUGACGAGACAUUCGAGGAUGUCAUCCACGAUGGACAGCUUCUCUGCGCAGUAAUGAACAAACUCGCCCCCGGGUCUAUCCCCAAAGUCAACAGCAGCGGUGGACAGUUCAAAAUGAUGGAGAACAUCAACAUGUUCCAAAAGGCGAUGAAGGCGUACGGUGUACCUGAUACCGAUGUCUUCCAGACAGUCGAUUUGUUUGAGAAAAAGGAUAUCGCACAGGUUGUGACGACUCUAUUCUCCCUUGGUCGUACGACAUAUCUCCACCCAGAAUGGAAGGGACCCUACCUGGGACCCAAGCCCUCCGAGGAGUGCAAGCGUGAUUUCUCCGAGGAGCAACUCCGUGCUGGUCAGACAAUUGUCGGUCUCCAGGCCGGUUCCAACAAGGGUGCGACCCAGGCUGGCUCCAACAUGGGCGCUGGACGCAAAAUUAUCCUCGGAAAGUGAACGAAGAUAAUUGUAAAACAUAAAAAAAAAUCACCCACCCGAUUCCUCAUCCCUCAAACUCCCUCCACCCCACUCAAUGUAAAUGUUUAUGUUCCCUUUUAUAACUGAGUAAUAUAUGUUUCGUUAUUAUUUCA